AUGGAUAUCGCUUUCGGCAUAGCUCAAUUGAUUCUCUUCGAGACCCCCUAUCUCAUCUACGUCGUAUUGUUCGCGAAGAAUCGCAAAAACGAGAAGGAGCUUCUCACCUAUCCGAUAAGCUUGACCUUCAUCAUCAUACUGUCGAUUCACAACGCGCUGCUCGUUGCGAAAAUCGUGGGUGUGCUCGCGCUCGAUGAGCACGCCCAUGGGACCCUCGACGCGAUUUGUCUCGCCUUGAUAAUCGCUUCCACAACACUCGGCGAGGCUUUCAAGCGUUUCCUCGACGCGCCUCUCAUCCCAACAUCGCUAUUCAUUCUCAGCGCUCAACGCUUCAUCGUGAUUCUCGGACCGCACAAGUGGCAUCGAGCGGUCAGCGAGACGCCGCUCAGAAUCGCGCUGCUCCUCCUCGCCACCAUCGGAAUUCUCUACGUCAUCCAAACGUUCUAUGAGUGUCGCCACGCGUUGUUCGUCAUUAUUCGUACGUGCUCGACGAAAAUGGUUUCCGAACUCGACGCCAAACUUCUAUCACCUUCUUCUUUUAAGGCAUUCAGCAAUUCCUACCAAUGCUCGAUGAGAGACUCGAUCUCCGACGUCCUAAUGCUCCAAAUUCGAAUCGCCGUCGCCUCGCACUUUGUGUUGCCGUUGAUGGCGAUCCUUCUCUACGCCUACCUUGCCCUAAGAAUCGGCAAGCUUGAAUUAAGCUCGAAUCGAAAAAUGCAAGCCAACAUCAAUGUGAUGCUUCAAACGAUCCCUCUGAUUCUGGUGGAAGUGGUUCGUCGAGCAUCGGCCGAAGCGUCCGACAAUCGCACAUUCCAGAUUCGUUCGACGUUCGCCUUAUUCAUGUACACCUUCUACAAGGAUCGCGCUCAAGUGUGGGAGCAGACGACGGCCGGCGUCGAACUCUGCCGCUACGACACUUAUUUGGUGCUCAUUCCGCUCGGCUACAUCUUCGGCAGCGUCGAGAGAUGGAAGAAGAUCAGAAAGCUGUUCCGGCGUGCCUCGCGUGUCAAUGAUUCGGCAACCUAUCUAGACAAUCAGGUCUACACCCAAUAA